AUGGAUGAAGAUUUCGAAAAACGCUAUUUUGAGAUGGAAAUGCGCUUGAACAGGACAUUACAAGAAAACAAUAAAGCAUCAAUUGACGAAAUAUCGAAUUCUUAUGGUUUAAAACAAACAAGACUCGCUCCUACAAAUCAAUACGACAUUCCUAUAGCAUAUUUAAGUAAACAAGCAUCAUAUGGACCAUCAUCUGAAGAUCAUCUCAAAGACAAAGAUGUUUACAGAUAUCUUAGAUCAAUUAAUAAAUUACCAGAAACAUUGUUCAAAGAAUAUCAGGAUAGAAAAGAAAAAGGAAUCAAGACAUCAGAAGAUUAUGCCAAGCCAGAAGCCGUCGAUAGACUUCAAAAAGAUCUUAUCAAAAAACAAGAAAAAUCAAAAGCAAGAAACGAAAGAGCAGGUAACUACGAUAUUAGCGGUAAAACAUCUGUUGACUUUAUUAAUGAUAAUAAUAGAAGAUUUAAUAGGAAACUUGCUCGCGCUUACGAUCAAUACACUGAACAAACUAGAAUCAACAUUGAACGUGGUGGCAAUGUGUAA